AUGAGGCUGCCGACCCCAUCAUCGUCCAGCAUGGUCGCCAGAGCGUUCGCAAGAUCGACCGCAAGCCAGGCACGUUCCGUGGCGACGGCCUCCGUACCUUCGUCGCACGCUUCCAGACCGGUUCGAGCUGCGGCCAAGCCAGACUCGUCGUCUGUCCUCGCCUCUUCAUCUUCGGUGGCCGGUGCGCCAUCAGCACUCUCUGCAUCACGUCUAUCACAGAUCUCUCGCAACAGCGCUUUGGCGCGCUCGAUCUCGUCGACCGCCUCCGUCUCGGCGCCGUCUGCAAAAACAUUCACAGCAUCCUCCGCCCCAUCAGCCUACCAAUCGCCACUGCCCUCGUCCGCACUCAUCAAUGUCACCACACUCCCAAAUCGCGUCCGCGUCGCCACAGAAGCCACACUCGGCCAUUUCAGCGCCGUCGGCGUCUACAUUGAUGCUGGUUCGCGCUACGAACGCCCGUGGGUGGCGGGCGAAUCGGGCUCGUCGCACCUCCUGGACCGCCUCGCCUUCAAGUCCACCACAAAUCGCUCGUCGCAGCAGAUGACGUCCGAGAUCGAGGCGCUCGGAGGCAACGUCAUGUGCUCCUCCUCCCGCGAGACCAUCAUGUACCAGUCGAGCGUCUUCAACAAGGACGUCCCCGCCGUCCUCUCCAUCCUCGCAGACACCAUCCUCAACCCGCUCCUCAGCCCCGAUGAGCUCGACAUGCAGCGCGAAGCCGCCGCCUACGAGAUUCAAGAGAUCUGGUCCAAGCCAGAGAUGAUCCUUCCCGAGCUACUGCACACAGCCGCUUACCAAGGCAACACUCUCGGCAACCCGCUGCUCUGCCCCAUCGAGAGCCUCGAGCAGAUGACCGCCGACAAUCUGCGCAACUUCAUGUCCACUUGGUACAGGCCCGAGCGCAUCGUCGUCGCUGGUUCCGGCAUGCCACACGAGCAGCUCGUCGAGCUUUCAGAGAAGCUCUUUGGCGGCCUCAAGCCCAUCUCGGAUGUUUCGCGCGCCAGCUCCCCAGCAUCGUCGCUCUCGAGCUCGCCGGCUUCAUCGUCGUCGUCGCGCUCCUCGUCGCUCUCGUCGCUCUUCUCCCGCUCAUCCUCCAGCUUUUCGACGUCUUCGUCAUCCUCGGCCACGCCCACGGCUACCGAGCUCGCCGACCUCGUCGCCACGCCCUCGCAGUACACGGGUGGUGAGCUGUACAUCCCUCAGUCGGAUCUCGAAUUCACGCACGUGUACGUUGCCUUUGAAGGCCUCAGCAUCCACGAUGACGACAUCUACGCACUCGCCACGCUGCAGAUCCUGCUGGGCGGCGGCGGCAGUUUCAGUGCCGGUGGUCCGGGCAAGGGCAUGUACUCGCGCCUGUACACCAACGUGCUCAACCAGCACCACAGCGUCGACUACUGUGCGGCGUUCCACCACUGCUACUCGGACUCGGGGCUGUUCGGUAUCUCGGCGUCGGUGCAUCCGAGCUUCAACUCGAGCAUCGUGCACGUGAUUGCGCGCGAGCUCGAGCUGUGCACCAGCUCCAUCUACCAGGGCUCCGUCACGCAGACCGAGCUCAACCGCGCCAAGAACCAGCUCAAGAGCUCGCUCGUCAUGGCGCUCGAAUCAAGGCUCGUCGAGGUCGAGGAUCUGGGCAGGCAGAUCCAGGCGCACGGCAAAAAGGUCUCGGUGGAGGAGAUGUGCGAAAAGAUCGACCAGGUCGAUCUCAAGACGCUCAACAGGGUCGCCACGCGCGUUCUUAGGCCGCAGAAGAUGGCCGUCGGCACAGGCAAGGCGCCGCGCGGGUCGGGUCAGGCCACUGUGGUCGCACAGGGCAGCCUCGAGGGUUUGGGCGAUGUGCGUGACCUGCUUGCGCGACGCGGUCUCGGCGUCUCGCCAAAACACACUGCGUAA